AUGCAAUAUCCAUCGCUGAUCUUCCAGACGAAUUCGGUCCCGACCAGCGUCUCCCUUUGGGAUGCCGCAAACAUAUUCGAAUAUGCGACUUCGCGGUUUACUGCGAUCCGAACCUUUGUCCGGCAUCUGGUCUGGGAAGCCGAGAGAUUUGUAUUCCCCUAUAUCAACAUAUGUGCCACUAGCAACACUUCCCCAGCCUUGCCGGAAUAUCUCAACGAGAUCGUGACGAUGCUCACCCACUGGCAGGUGGGAAUCGUGGAUGACGAUGGCCUCUUCCAGUUGUUCCACACCCACCAAUUCAACAUGGCAGGCGACCUAAUGGUCCGCUACCGGAUUGUCUCCGACUAUGCCUACAGUUGGUGGAAUGACCGGUUCAACGUCCGUCCAUUCGAGAUGCCCAUCCGUGUCCCAGUGGAAGAACCAGCCGCAUAUUUGCUGCUGCUGGAGAUGCGCAGGCAUGAUGUCAGUCAGGACCCCAUGUUGACCAAUCUCCGGGUCAUCAAAGACAAUCUCGGAGAUCUCGGUGCUCAGCUCGAGCAAUGGCUCUCCAGGAAGAUGGAAGAUGCAAAUGUUGCCUUGGAGGCCAUGACCACCCUCGAGGGUCCGGUGGACGACCUCCAUGAUGCCAUCACGGCAUCACAGCAGUUGUUAGAUGGGACCCAGGCGAUGCAGGAGCCAGGCGAAUAUCAAUCCACAAGAUCUCCCUUGGCCUUGCCACCAUGCGCUCGGCCCCUGAACAUGCGCGCUAUUACAUCCCCUGAUUUUACAUCCUUCGGCAUCACCGGACCCACGAGGCUCGGUUGA